AUAAAUCAUUGAGAGAAAAGAGUGAUUAAGAAAACCUAAAUUGACUUUAUUGGCUGGAAGGAGAGUAUUUUUAUCUCUCUAAACACAUACGUCUAUCUUGUAAAUUCAUCGUGUUUACUGUACAUUUCGUCACAUUUUUGGCAGCUUCAGCAGCUGCAUCGUCACUUUUGUCUUUUAUAUUUUUUUAAUGAUAUUGAUAUUUUAAUUUCUAAUAGGCCAAUAUUUUCUUUCAUUUUAUUCGUAUCGUGUGUAUUUACAAAUAGUAAAAUUAACGCACAAAUAACUACUCUCUAAAUCUCUUUUUUUCAGGAAUGUAUGCGUCUCUCUAUCCAUAAUUACAAAUAAAAUUAUACAAUGUAGAAACGUAUAAAUGCUACAAAAGUCAAAUAUAUAUAUAUAUCCUCUAACUGUACUCGUUCAUCGCCUUGAGUUGUAACAGCGCGGAUAACUGUUUUGGUCCUCUGACGUCACAUGCAUUCCCACAAUGCCAUAGUAACACGACUGCGCACUCGCUCUCGUGGACGCGCACCAGCAGACAGCCCAUCGCACACAGAGCAAACAUGGCGGGCGCCUCCGACCCUCUGGAAGACAUGCUCUUCUCCGAGGUGGACGAGAAAGCCGUGAGCGAUCUGGUGGGCUCGUUGGAGUCCCAGCUGGUGGGCCAGAACGACCCGGCCAUCGCAGCGCCCCAAAGCACCCAGUCGGGCUGUGGAAACACCCACUCGGGCAGCGCGAAGCAGCAGACGGGAGGAAAAGCGCAGCUGGCUGCCCGUUUAGACGCUCCAUCAGAACCACCACAACAACAAGCAGCAGGGACGCCACCACAGCAGCACGGGCGCAAAGCUGCAGGCAACCCGGAUUCUGACCCGAAAGAGCCCGGCGGGGAUAAACACGCCAAAGCAGCGGAUAAGGAGAGCAGCCUGAAAUCACAUGGCAACAUCAUCACGAUCACUACAACGGCGACAGCAUCCUCCGACGGGGUAUCGGUUCCUGCGCCGGGCAACAAAGGUGAGAGCCCCAGGGACACCCGUAAGAAACACCCGGCGAACAGUCGCGCGCUGCGCACAGCAGCUUCAAACAGUCUCAAUGGCAACGGAGGAAGCGCAGCAUCAGCACCAUCAUCAUCCAGCGGAUCUUGCUCUCCGCCACCCAGCACAGUGACCCUACCGUGUCCGAACAGCGCGACUUCAACCGUGUCCGGUAAUCCUCAAAUGACGCCCACUAUCGCGCUGCAACGACUCCCGCGUCACAUCAUCGCAAGCAUCGCGCAGAACGGGAACGGCACCUCCGUGACCGCGCUGGUCCAGCAGGGCGCAGCGGGUGGUCAGGCGAACCACGGCAAACCCGCAGACGCGCCGGAGAAUAACGCGAAACCGGCGGUGCAGUCCGCUUCCGCUGCACCUCCGGUGACUUCAGUGACUCCCGCCGCGGUUUCGGCACCUGUCAAACCCGCGGCCGCUGUCGGCGCGUCUCCGGUGACCCCGCUGAUCAGACCCACGCAGACGCAGACGCAGGCGCGUGCCGCUCCGCCUGCGCAGCAGAGACUCGUGACGCCGCAGCUGAUUGUCAGACCGUCACAACAACAAACAACUAUACAACUGCCCCCCGGAUUCACCAUCCCACCAGGUAUGGUUCUGGUGAGAACAGAGAUGGGUCAGCUGGUCAUGGUUCCUCAACAGGCUCUGGCUCAGGCCCAGAACAGCAUCUCACCACGAGCAUCCACACCCACCAGCGCAAGCACAUUCAGGGUCACGACCCCGCAGUCUCCUGUGAGCACUCAGGCCAUUCGACCUGCUCCCGCCGCUCAGACUAAAAUGAUCUCGUCCAGUUCACCCAACACCACGGCCCAGACCAGCACCUCAACCAGUCCUGCUAAGACCCCCGUGGCAGCGGUCGUGGCAGUGACAGCUCCCCAGCAGGUCCAGCCAGCCUUGGGCCCUCAGGGACCCCUCACUCAGAUGCCACUGGCCCCGCAGACCGCCGCUGCUCCGGCCCCCGGAGCCCCUGUUGUCUCCCAGGAGAUGCAAGAGAACGUGAAAAAAUGCAAGAACUUCUUGGCGACACUGAUCAAACUGGCGUCCCAUAAUUCCCCGUCUCCUGAGACGUCCAAGAACGUGAAGGCGCUGGUGCAGGACCUGCUGGACGCAAAGAUUGAUCCCGAGGAGUUCACCAGUCGUCUGCAGUCUGAGCUGAAGUCGUCUCCGCAGCCUUACCUGGUCCCAUUCCUGAAGAAAAGUCUGCCCGCGCUGCGUCUGUCUCUUCUGAGCAAUCAGCAGUCUCCGAUACAGGUGAACAAAACCGGCGUGUCUCCCGUCCAGACGGUCGUCGGUGUCCGUCCACAACAACCCAACAGCACCGGUCUACAGUCACCAGGCAUUAGGAGAGCAGCGGGUCCUGGAGCUCAGAUAAGAAUGCCUGUGGUGGUCACGCAUACGGUGCGAGCGACAGGGAAGCCGUCAGCCAUCCAAACGGGCAAAGGUCCGGCGGGCAUCACCAUCCAGCUCUCAGGAAACCAGAAGAACAAGCCGAAUGACCCGGGGGGAGGCUCAUUCAGGGAUGACGAUGAUAUCAAUGAUGUGGCGUCUAUGGCUGGAGUUAACCUGAAUGAAGAGAGCGCUCGUAUUCUCGCCACAAACUCUGAUCUGGUGGGCACACAGAUCCGCUCCUGUAAAGACGAGGCCUUCUUACCUCCAGGUCUGUUACAUCGACGGAUACUAGAGACAGCGAAGAGGUUUGGAGUGACAGAAGUGGCGCUGGAGGCGGUGAACUUCAUCUCUCACGCUACCCAGUCCAGAUUGCGAACGGUUCUGGAGAAAGUUUCAUCCAUCGCCCAGCACAGAAUGGACUUGUGUAAGGAGGAUGAAUGGUACGAACAGGCGUCUGAUGUUCGAGCUCAGCUGAAGUUUUUCGAGCAGUUGGAGCGGAUGGAGAAACAGAGGAAGGACGACCGAGAGAGAGAGAUUCUCCUCAGGGCAGCGAAGAGUCGCUCGCGGCAAGAAGAUCCAGAACAGGCCCGUCUGAAGCAGAAGGCAAAGGAGAUGCAGCAGCAGGAACUCGCCCAAAUAAGACAGAGAGAGGCCAAUCUGACGGCGCUCGCCGCCAUCGGCCCGCGGAAGAAACGGAAGGUGGAUUCACCCGGUGCUCCAACAACAGGCUCUGAGGUGUCGGGAAGUUCGGCAGGUUCUCCGGCCGGAUCGUCGGCUCCCUCCAGCUCGUCACGGCAGUAUUCCCGACAGAGAAUAACACGCGUCAACCUCAGGGACUUCAUAUUCUACAUGGAGCAGGAGAGAGAGACGAAUCGAUCGCUGCUGCUUUAUCGCGCUCUCCUCAAGUAGCUAAAGCCAAGCAAACUCUUUACAGACACUGCAGACGAGACGUUCAGCCGACGAUCGACUUUCUUCCAGCCGUGCCUUCAGCUCGCUUCGCAUUCUGUGUCUGUGAUGUCGUCGUUGCUUUUGAUAGAAAACGACAGAAAAUCGUGAAAAAAAGGAAGAUGUCCUCCGUGUUUCCACUGUCAUGUGAUCCAAUGCAUUCAAUGUGUUCAUGAGAGGGAUUCUUUUUAAGCUAAGAGAUGUCUGGCUUUGAGCCAUAUUGGAAGUUUUUUUGUUUUUUUAUGUUUGUUUAUAGCGUGUAAAUGAAUCUCACUGCAAAAAAUCAUUUUCUUCAUCCGUCAGCAUUUGAUUUACUUGAAGCUCAUUUUUAGAGAAUAUCUUUAGCUUCUUGUUAUUGUCAAUUUGCACAUUUCUAUUUAUUUUUGAUGUAAAAACAUCCAACUACAUUUUGUUUGAUUCUUGUUUAAUACAUUUCCAUAGAAUUGACAGUAUUACUUCCUGUAGAUUUACAUCAAUGUAAUUUACUCGCAACAGUUUGUUCAAAGAUAAAUGAACAUUAAACAUUAACAAGUCUUUAUUUUAAAAGAAAAAAACUAUUAAAUAACAGCCUCACUCAAACCAAAAUUAGAAAAAAAAAACAGAAAAAGGUUGAUGAGGAUUCCUGGUUCCCAGAAUGCUCUGCGUGAGGCCGUUAUUUUAUAGAUUUUUCUGUAAAAAUAAAGACUUGUUAAUGUUUAAUGUUCAUUUAUCUUUAAACAAACUGUUGCCAAUACAUGUAUGAAUAUAAAUCUACAGUAAGUUACUGGAAACUAGCUGCAUAAUUACAGCAAAAGUUGUUAUGAUUAUAAAUGUAUGGAUGUUAUGAAAAAGUAUUUUAUUUCACCAUGUAGAAAAAGAUUUUUUGUCGUGGAUCGUAUUCCACAGAAAGCGCUUACAAUGAACGAUCUUUAAGACUCUGAAAUGUCUUGAAGUGAUCGAUGGGCUCUUGUUAAAGAAUUUCCUGUAAACUUUAUGCAGAAAACGUUUUUAAAACGUCAUCAUCAGUGUCCAACCAAUUCACAGUAUUACAACCUCCUUAAAAAUCUUUAAGAAGAUACUUAAACACACAACUGCAAACCCUUUUCUCAGUGAGAUUUCAAUGUAAAUAUGUUUUAUGAUGUUUCUAACAGCAUGUAUAAAUGAUUUCCAAAUGAUAUUUUAGCAGCAAAAUAACGUCUUUAAAUCACGAUCUGAAAGAAAGAAAGAAAUGUUCCUACAAUUUAUCAUGAUGCUUUUACCUUUCAUUGUGUUUUUAUAACUUUUCUAUGCGUCCAAAACAGACCAGUAGUGAUCCGAGCUACAGCAAUACAACACCAAAUUUUACAAAACCGCUGGAUUUCUGCUUGUCUUCAUCAUAAAUUCAACAUCAGCCAUUAUUUUAUUAUUAUAUUCCAUAAUGGGAUGAUUUUUCACAUUUAAAUUAAGCCCCACCCACAACACUAAACAGAGCAUUUCAAUUAGAGAAAACGUUCUGCUUUUAAUAACAUGCACUGAGAAGUCCAUUCUUAUGAUUAUUACCAAAAUCUCACGUAUAAAUCUGGAUUUCACUACCUGGACUGUGUUGUUCCUGUCGUGUUUAGCAGGUUUAUUCUCGCUCCGUGUUAUUUUCAUUCGUUUCUUGUAUGUGUGUCUGGUUUUAUUUUCAAGUUUGUUUUUCAGCAGCAGUGUUGGGCAAGUUACUCUGAAAAAGUAAUUAAUUACUAGUUACUAAUGACAUAUUCAAUAGUGUUAUUAAAUUACUGUACAAGUUACUCUCUCCAAAAAAUAUUUCAUUAAUAAUUGCUUUCUACAUCAACCUUGAGUAGUUAAGUGAUUCAAGGAUAGACAUGAAACAGCUCUUUUAAUUAAUUCAAAUAAAUAAUAUAAAACUACAUAAAGUAGUGUUAUUAACUGACCAAAGUAUCACACAUUAAAAGCACGGAUUUUAAAGUUAGACAUUGAAACAUUAGUCAAUUCCAUUAUAGCCCACACACAUAUUACACAAAGUAUUUAGUUGAAUUACAGCAAAAGUAAUUAAAUUACAGAAAAAUAGAGUAAUCCCUUACUUUACUUUUUCAAGGGAAAAGUCAAUAGAUUACAGUAAAUAAUUACUUAUUAAUUUGUUAUACACAACACUGUUCAGCAGUAGCAGGUGUUAUUCAUGAGCUCAGUGACUUUAGUGUCGUACGGACAGAACUCCAAUCAUUUUGUUAGGGUUUCGCUCUACAUGAAGUCAUGAGAGGUCAAGUUCAGUGUGACCUUUCGGCGUACCGACCCAAUCACUUCCAGAAUGUCAGACCCUCUCUCUCUCUCUCUCUCUAUGCACCAUCAAUCCUGUUGCUUUGUGUGUUUGUGUAAAGAUGUCCAAAAAUGAAAGAACGCACAUUUUGUUCAUGAAGUUUGUUAUUGAUAUCUGAUUGUUUUAGUCUUUAAUGUUUCUGAUGUCCAGCAGAAGUGUGCGUGUAUGUGUCCAUAAAGCACUAGAAGGGAAUUCUUGUUUUAUAUCUAUUUAUAUUGAACCGUCAUUUGCGUCCACGUUUGCCGCGUUUCAGGCAAAACACUUCGUUCCCAACGUUCGACGGUGAGACUGUCGAAAACAAAGCACAAAUGUAUUUGUUGGUUUGUUUAAAAUACUUUUUUCUUAUGGUUUAUGUUUCUGCUGGACACUCUUUCUAUGACUUACGCUUUGUAGCCAAAAUAUUAUUAGGACUCUAUUCUCUUCAUAUUGUAUAACUGAUGUGCACAGCUGGAGUUUAAUGUUUCAAUCUAUGGAUAAUUUGUAUAUAUUGUUUACAAGACUUUGUGUUUAUUAGAACUCUUAUUUUUGGUAAAUUGUACAUAUCCUGGCUGAAAUAUUUCUGUUUGUGUCAACUCACUUCUGUAUUUGUACCUAUUUUGUAAAGGAAUAAAUAAGCUGUUUACUAGA